UGUGCAAUCCUCUUCUACUUAUUGGAUCCUCUGCCAAACGGUGCUUGCUUCGCAGGCGUGAAGUACAAUGGCACCCGGUGGAACCUCAGUGACUACGAUGGUAUCGAGGCCGAAUUACGCCGUACAGGGUCCAAUGAGUGGUUUAAGUUCGUCUUUGACCAAGAGUAUUCAUACGAAAAGCAGUUCCGGGCACCCUCAGACUUCGGCACUAUGCGUUUCCCGUUUUCGGAGAUGAAAGCCUACCACUGGGGUAAACCUGUUGAUGAUGCUCCUCCGCUGAUCAAGUCCAAUCUUGACUUUGGUAGUCAAGCCCUUGGUGGCGUUUUCGAACAAGUUAAACAAUCUGGGCCUGGCAGUCUUCAAAUAAACUGGGUGCGAGCCUACAAAUCCCAUCACCAAAGCACACCAAGUCCCUGA